AUGUUUGUCUUACGUGUCUUUAUUUCAAUUCUUCCCAACCCACAGACCACCUUCAAGGAUUUUCCCAGUCCGGACAUUGCCAGAUCGCUGACGGGGCCAGAUAUCCUUCAGAAGCAUUCCAUCAACUCGUUGCUGCUGGAGCACAAUGAGAUCAUCUCCCGGGGAUUGUCGUCACCGAUCGAAGAUAACAUGUCUUUGGCAGAUCUUCUAGGUGGUUCACAGCCAUCUUCACCGACGUCGGCAUCUGCUUCACUGGUAACAAACUCGUCCUCCAGCAUGAUCGGUAAAGGUGGUGGUGGUACAAGUCACUAUCAGAACAGCAUUGCUCUAGGUCACCCCCAUCACCACUCGCUCCUCGCCAGUCAGCAUCAACAACAGCAGCAGAACCACCAACAACAUCAUUCCUCGCUCGGGUCAUUUGUAACGCUUGGUUCGUCCCUAGGCAGCAACACCGUGGCGGGAGCGACAAUAUGUGACGACAGUGCAAGCAGCAUCCUUAGCUCAGGUGGUGGCAAUAGUGCGACGAGUGGCGGUGGAUCCGUUUCGUCAAAUCCGUUUAACUUUGCCAGUUUGCGAAUUCCGAGUCCGUCGCUCAAUUCGCCAGAUUUACUGAUGAACGGCGGUUUGAUAGGCGGUGGUAUCGCCGGUAGUAGCAGUAGUAGCAGCAGCAGCAGCAGCAGUGGUGUCAGUUGCGGAGAGAUAGGAAGUGCCGGUAGUGGCCAAUCGCCAACCUCUACACAUUCGUUUUAUUCGAGCUUGCUGCCUCAGAUUCUGCAUCAGCCGGGAAGCAGCGGUAGCUCCGGAACCACAACUGAUGCCUUAAUGUCGGGUUCAACAAAUGGCAGUGAUAGCGGCGUGUACGAAAGAUUUCGGUUUGAUUUGAUGCUUAAUUGCGGAAGUGAUGGAAUCACGGCGCAGAAUGGAUUGACCACAGAAACGUUGAAACAAAAACGACGAAAUAUUAGUUUUGACUGUUCCUCACCGACCAACGGUCCAUCUUCAUCCGGCGAAGGAACGUCUCCCUCGUUUACGCUACUCUACCCCAAUAACGGACGGAAUUAUCGGAACGGUAACUUUUCGCAGCCUCAACAAAACACCACAUCUCCUCAUUCUCACCAGCAACAAUCAACGAGCGUACAGCAGUACGACAUUCUAUCCGGAGGCAAUGGUGGAACGAGCGGCAACAGCGGAGGAAUUACCACACCCAAUAAUGCUAGCAUCUCGAUGGGCGAUUUCGAUUCUAUCGGUACGAGCAACAGCUCACUGUCACUAUUCGAUACCGGAAAUGUGGCAAUGUCCCGUUCGCACACUCCGCCAAAUCAUUCGGACACCAGCAACCUGCUGACGACUUUGGAAACCACCAGUAUACUGGAUAUGCUUAACCUAUUUACUCACGGUCAGAGUGCAAAUUCAUUAACAGGACAACAUCAUAGUCAUACGCAGCAGCAACAACAGCAGCCCCAAAAUCAGUUUACGCCUUACAUUCCAGCUUCGACGUAUCAACAAUCUACUGCAUCGGGAGCGUACAGUGGAAUCAACAGCAGCAACAAUGGUAGCUUAGCUAGCCUAUCGGAUUUAAGUCUUGGCAGCUCCGUAUUCAAUACCGACUAUGAACGUAUGCAAAAGAUCCAAACCUAUAACAACACGUUGCGGUUUCUGCAACAACAAUCCCAGCAAAAGUCUCAACUACAGCAGCUUCAGUUCAACCAGUCGCUGCUAUCGGCAGCAACUGUGAACAGUGGUAAUGUGGUUGGAAGUUGUAGCAAUAUUUCAACGAAUAUCACCGGUGGUUCUAUCGGUAGCAGCAACACUAACAACCACAGUGGUGGCUUACAAAGGAAAAAUUGGUUCUCAUCGUCACAUCAGCAACAUCGCCAGGGUUUAUCAUCUCCUUCACUGAACGGUGGUGGCAAUGGAUACACCGAUGUAAAUCUUGAUCGUAUUGCAAAGAUUUAUCGAUCCUCUGCAGCUCAUUACGAUGCUACUUGCACGUGGAGUGGCGUUUUGCCACCUCGUUCAAAUCGUUUGGUGACGUACUCGUCAAAAAUAUUUCUCGGUGGCAUGCCGUGGGAUAUUAGCGAACAAUCGUUGGUCCAAAUUUUCAAACCAUUCGGCUCGAUAAAGGUCGAAUGGCCUGGCAAGGAACAACAGGCGACACAACCGAAAGGCUAUGUAUACAUCAUUUUCGAAUCGGACAAACAGGUCAAGGCAUUGUUGCAGGCAUGUACUUAUACUACAUCUACCAACAAUGGUAGCAUCCACGGUAAUCAUGGUGGAAUAAACGUAGUAACGAAGAUCAAUUUCAAGAUAUCGUCGAAGCGCAUCAAAUCAAAGGACGUAGAAGUGAUUCCGUGGAACAUAGCGGACUCCAACUACGUAAAGUCCUCGUCGCAAAAAUUAGACCCGACGAAAACAGUGUUUGUAGGGGCACUGCACGGUCAACUGACCGCCGAGGGCUUGUCGAUAAUCAUGAACGAUCUGUUCGAAGGUGUCGUGUAUGUAGGGAUCGAUACAGACAAGUACAAGUAUCCGCUCGGUUCGGCUCGCGUAACGUUCAGCAAUGCUCGAUCGUACAUGAAGGCGGUGUCGGCUGCAUUCAUCGAAAUUCGUACCGCCAAAUUCACCAAGAAACUGCAGGUAGAUCCCUAUCUGGAGGAUUCUCUUUGCUCAAUAUGCAAUCUACAACACGGACCAUACUUUUGUCGCGAAAGCAUAUGCUUCAGAUAUUAUUGUCGUUCCUGCUGGCAAGAUCAACACAGCCGAGGAGUGUAUCUGCAAAAUCACAAACCUCUUACUCGGAACUCCAAAUUCACCGCAAUUAUCGGUGUUGGUCCUCAACAGCAGUCACAACCUGCUACAACCGGAAGCAACAGCAGCAACCAUCACCUGCAGCAACACUCGUAUGACCACAGCCCAUACUACAAUGGGCAACAUCAUCACCAUCACCAUAACGGGUCCGGCAGUCAUACGCACAACCAAUACUACCACCACAACAACAACAACACCCAUCAACAAUCGGGCAAUCGCUUAGGCUUGCUACAGCAGCAACAGCAGCAGUACCGUGUUCUCGCAAAGUCUCCAUCACCGUCGAUAUGCAGUGGCACAGAAAGUUCUAGUAUUGCCAGCAAUGGAAACAUCAGCUACCCUAGCAGCAAUAGUUCUAGCCCUGUUGGUGGUGGAAACAACGCCCGUAGUAAUAAUGCAGCCAGCCGCAGUAACAACAACAGCCUUAAUGGCAAUAAUAACGUCAGCAGCAACAAUGCUGGAAACAGUGGCAAUAGUGGUGAGCACUCGUCCUCUUGUAUUGGAUCGUUGCACCUACAACAACAUAACUAUGUCGCUGGGAGUGGCGGUAAUGGUAAUGGUAACGGGAACGGUGGUAGUGGUUUGCACAUUUAA